AAAAAAAUCUAUCAAAUGAUGCGUAUUCACAAAGUAUAUCAUCGCCUUUCUUUUCUCUCGCUAUCUCCUCCAUCUCCUCCUCCCUGUGCUCUCCCUCUGAAGCUCAGCCAGUUCGGACCGUUACGUACAGCGGGCCACCUGAGAACUAAAUCCAGAAGAAAUUCGGCUAGACUCAGCUCCACUAUGAUCUCCUCUUCAUCCUCUAGGCUUCGCAAUCUUGUACCUGUCAAUUCGGUUCUGGCUGAAGACGGUGGUUCUAAUGGUUCCGCUGCUUCUUCUGCUGCUACUGCCACGAUUGAAGAUGAAGCCUUGGAAGCGGGAUAUCGUCUUCCUCCUCCAGAAAUUAGAGACAUCGUUGAUGCGCCACCCCUUCCUGCACUGUCAUUAUCACCACAUAGGGAUAAGAUUCUUUUUUUGAAGCGCAGAGCUUUACCUCCACUGGCAGAACUAGCAAGACCAGAGGAAAAGCUGGCCGGUAUGCGCAUUGAUGGAAAAUGCAAUACCAGGAGUCGGAUGUCUUUCUACACUGGAAUUGGGAUUCAUCAACUUUUGUCCGAUGGUUCAUUGGGACCAGAAAAGGAGGUUCAUGGCUUACCUGAUGGUGCUAAGAUCAAUUUCGUUACUUGGUCACCUGAUGGCCAACAUUUAUCCUUCAGUGUUAGAGUUGAUGAUGAGGAAAACAACAGUAGUAUGCUUAGAGUAUGGGUUGCCGAUGUGGAAACAGGGGAAACAAGACCAUUAUUUCAGUCGCAUGACAUCUGUCUAAAUGCAGUGUUUGAAAAUUUUGUUUGGGUGAAUAACUCUACUCUGUUAGUUUGUAUGAUCCCGUUAUCUCGAGGAGAUCCACCUAAGAAGCCUUUGGUUCCAUCCGGGCCAAAGAUUCAAUCCAAUGAGCUGAAAAAUGUUGUCCAAGUUAGAACUUUCCAAGAUCUGUUGAAGGAUGAGUACGAUGAAGAUUUAUUUGACUACUAUGCCACAUCACAACUUGUUUUGGCCUCAUUGGAUGGGACGACUAGAGAAGUUGGCACCCCUGCUGUGUAUACCUCAAUGGACCCCUCCCCGGACCGAAAAUAUCUUUUGAUUACUUCAAUUCAUAGGCCAUAUUCUUUCAUUGUACCAUGUGGAAGAUUUCCCAAGAAAGUGGAUUUGUGGACAACUGAUGGGGUGUUUGUUAGAGAACUUUGUGAUUUGCCUCUAGCUGAAAACAUUCCUAUUGCAUUUAACAGCGUGCGAAAAGGAAUGCGAUCUAUCAAUUGGAGAGCAGAUAAACCUUCGACACUUUACUGGGCAGAAACACAAGAUGAGGGUGAUGCUAAAGUUGAAGUUUCACCACGUGAUAUAGUUUAUACACAGCCUGCAGAGCCACUAGAAGGUGAAGAAAAGCCAACAAUCUUACACAAACUUGAUCUUCGUUAUGGAGGAAUAUCCUGGUGUGACGAUUCAUUGGCUCUUGUUUACGAAUCUUGGUACAAAACGAGACGAACAAGAACAUGGGUGAUAUCUCCUGGAUUUAAUGAUGUGAGCCCUCGCAUAUUAUUUGAUAGGUCAUCAGAAGAUGUAUACUCUGAUCCUGGCUCGCCUAUGUUGAGGAGAACAUCUGUAGGGACUUACGUGAUUGCAAAAAUAAAGAAGGAAAAUUGUGAAGGAAACUAUGUUUUACUAAAUGGGAGUGGUGCUACACCAGAAGGGAACAUUCCUUUCCUUGAUUUGUUUGAAAUAAACACAGGCAGCAAGGUACGAAUUUGGGAGAGCGAUAAGGAAAAAUACUAUGAGACUGUGGUUGCUUUCAUGUCUGAUCAAAAUGAUGGAGAUUUACUUCUUGAUCAAUUGAAAAUACUGACUUCCAAAGAGUCUAAAACUGAAAACACUCAAUAUUUUAUUAAGAGCUGGCACGAUAAGAAAGCCUGCCAGAUUACAAACUUUCCUCAUCCAUAUCCACAGUUAGCAUCUCUACAAAAGGAGAUGAUUAGGUAUCAGAGAAAAGAUGGAGUUCAACUUACUGCCACAUUAUACCUGCCGCCAGGCUAUGAUCCCUCAAAAGAGGGUCCACUUCCUUGUCUAGUUUGGUCUUACCCUGGAGAAUUUAAGAGCAAAGAGGCUGCUGGACAGGUUCGCGGUUCUCCUAAUGAAUUCCCCGGCAUUGGUCCUACAUCGGCUCUUCUUUGGUUGGCAAGAAGGUUUGCAAUUUUAUCAGGACCUACUAUUCCUAUUAUUGGUGAGGGUGACGAGGAGGCAAAUGAUCGAUAUGUAGAGCAACUAGUUGCAAGUGCUGAGGCUGCGGUGGAGGAAGUUAUCCGACGUGGUGUGGCUCAUCCAAGCAAAAUUGCUGUUGGAGGACAUUCCUAUGGUGCAUUCAUGACUGCAAACUUGUUAGCCCAUGCUCCUCAUCUUUUCUGUUGUGGAAUUGCACGUUCUGGGGCUUACAACAGAACACUUACACCUUUUGGUUUUCAGAAUGAGGACAGAACUCUAUGGGAGGCCACUACCACUUAUGUAGAGAUGAGCCCUUUCAUGUCAGCUAACAAAAUCAAGAAGCCAAUUCUGCUAAUCCAUGGAGAAGAAGAUAGUAAUCCAGGAACACUGACCAUGCAGUCAGAUCGUUUCUUUAAUGCUUUGAAAGGUCAUGGGGCUCUUUGUCGUCUAGCCAUUCUUCCCUACGAAAGCCAUGGCUAUGCUGCACGUGAAAGCAUAAUGCAUGUCCUCUGGGAAACUGAUAGGUGGCUGCAGAAAUUCUGUGUAUCAAACACUUCAGAUGUAAAUGCAGAUCUUAAUACAUGUACAGAUGAUGUCAAUGUUGGAGCUACAGAUUCUAAAAGCAAACCAGUUGCAGCCAGCGGAGGUGGUGGCCAAGAGCUGGUAGAAUUUGAGCAUGAAGAUAGACACCCUAUGCCAAGGUCAUUGUUAUGCCCAUUAAUGCAUCGAAAGCUGUUUUGAUAACAUGGGUCCUGGGUUGGCGAGAUACAAUUCAAAUGAUUCAGUGGCUGCUCUUUCCCUCCCAAAUAAUAAAACUGGAGGUAUCAGUAUUUAAGAGGAUUCUGAAACAGCAAGAUACCCUCUCCACAAGCAAGAUGAUUCGCUAAUCUUUUGCAGCGAAGCAAUUUGACUUGCUCUUGGUUUUGUAUCCACACUCAGAACCCUGUAUGUGAUUUUUCAGAAACUUGGUAAUGUGCUUCCUGUCAAGUUUCUGGUAUUUCUUGGUGAGACAAACUCUGAAAUGUUGCACCAAUUGAUCUAGAUAGUCUCUUAUGGAAUAACCAGCUGGGAAAACUGACUGUCAAGUCUCGUUUUCUUUGCUCUAUUGAACUGUAUGUAAAACCAUCAUCUUCCUUAUGGAAGUGGAGGAAAAAUUUGGCAAUCUAUUAGUCACAGAAAUGACGUGAUUGGAUUACA